AUGCCUCCUCAGCCAAUCGAGAUGUUUACCCCAACCAGGCAGACAGGUCAUGAAAACCUUAGACAGCUUCUUGCCGUACUCAGUCAAUUUGCGUUUGUCGUCUGGCACAGCGGGAUCGUCAGGAUCAAGCAACGCACCGUCAAACUUUCUACAACAGUACGUGCUCACAUAUGCGUAGCCGAGUUGCUUGGCCAGGGCGCCGAUUCCGUCCUUGAGCGCUUGCAGGAUGGGACUGGAGGAGUCAGUGAAUUUGGCGGGGGAGAAUUUUUCGGCGAUGUCGGCAGCCUUUUUGAUCAAAUCGGACACCUCAUAACUGAAAUGGUUUUCUUUUAUCAUUUUCUGGAGUAA